CCCUCACAUUGAGGCGCCAUUGUCCACUGGAUAUAUCUAUAUAAAUAGCACCAAAGACUAAAGAGAGCAACUUAAGGAGGAGAAGAAGAAACAUGGGAGAUAAGAUAAGCCUUCCCCCUGGCUUCAAGUUCUUCCCAACAGACAAAGAUCUCAUUCUUCAUUAUCUCUAUAAGAAGGUCAAGCUUCUCCCUUGCCACUCAGACUUCAUCAUGGAGAUAGAUCUCUACAACUACAAUCCUUGGGAGCUACCAGGCAUGGCUUUGGGUGGUGGCAAAGAGUGGUAUUUCUACAGCCAAAGACCAAGCAACUACAAGAAAAACUCCAUACAGUACAGGCCUGCUGCAUCUGGGCAUUGGAGGGUGACAACCAUGGAUGAGCCCGUAUCAAAUGGCAACACUGUUGUUGGGUGCAAGAAAUCUCUUGUCUUCUACACUGGCAACGCUCCAAGUGGGACAAAAACUGACUGGAUCAUGGAUGAGUAUAGCCUCCUGGAAUCGACAACCAGGACAUGUAAGAAGCGUGGGAGCUCAAGAACUGUGUCAGGAGACUGGGUAUUGUGCAGGAUCCAAGAGAAAGGCCUUGAUUCAGAGAUGAUCUGCGGUGACGAUGAUGAUGACGACGGAAGAGAGCUGUCAUAUCUAGAUGAGAUCUUCUUUUCCAUGGACAAUUUGGAUGAAAUAAGUUCACCAAGCGACUUCACCGCUACAUUGUUUCAUUAGCUGUCUUUACUUUUUUCAUUUUUGCCCGUUUGCUCUUCCACUCUGAUGUUCUAAUGAAAGAAAAGAUCCUUUUUAUCAUCAAAGAACAAU